AUGUUUGCUAGGACCCCCCUCGGAGCCUGCCCCGUACUAACAGCUUCCUCAUUUAUCCUCCUCCCAGAAGGGUUUGGGAGAAGAAAGAAGACUUCCCUUUGGUUUGUGGGGUCUCUGCUUGUGGUGUCUGUCUUCAUCCUGACCAUCGGCCUCGCUGCCACCACCAGGACGGAGAAUGUGACCGUGGGGGGCUACUACCCAGGGAUCAUUCUGGGCUUCGGAUCUUUCUUAGGAAUUAUUGGCAUCAACCUGGUGGAGAAUCGAAGGCAAAUGCUGGUGGCAGCCAUUGUGUUUAUCAGCUUCGGCGUGGUGGCCGCCUUCUGCUGUGCCAUCGUGGACGGCGUGUUUGCCGCUCGGCACAUAGAGACAAGACCCCUCACCACGGGAAGAUGCCAGUUCUACUCCAGUGGGGUGGGAUACUUGCCCGACGUCUACCAGACGGAGGUCACCUGUCACUCCCUGAAUGGCAAGUGCCAGCUGAAGGUGAAGAGCAACACCUGCUAUUGCUGUGACCUCUACAACUGCCAAAGCACCGAGUACUCUCCCACCUACUAUGAGUUCGUGGGCGUGAGCGGCUGUCAGGAUGUGCUCCACCUCUACCGGCUGCUCUGGGCCUCGACGGUGCUCAACGUCCUGGGGCUGUUCCUGGGCAUCGUCACGGCCGCGGUCCUGGGGGCCUUCAAGGACAUGGUCCCUCUGUCCCAGCUGGCCUACAGACCCUCUGCUCCACCUCAGAUCCUCUACAACCCUGCCCAGCAGAUCCUGGCCUACUCCGGCUUCUGCCCGGCACCGGCGACCCUCCCCACCUGCUCGUCCUACCCUCUGCCUCUCCAGCCGUCCAGCAGCUUCCCAGCCUCGUCCUCCACUGACCUCUCUCUGUCCGAGGACACGCAGCCUCCGUCCCAGUCCAGCUCCAGCUUCGGGCUCCAGCCCAACGCCCCGCCUCUCUAUGCUCCAGCCCCUUUCCUCCCCGGGGAGAAGCCUCCCCCCUACGCACCAUGACAGGGGGGAGAUUGAAAAAGAACUUCUUUUUGGUUUGUUUUUUUAAAAAGCAGCCUCACCACACCUGCUUC